AUGGCAUCUGGCCAAGAGAAGGAUAUGGCAAGGGAGGAAGGGCCCACUGCACCUAAUGAGGUGGUGAACAAUGCUGCUGAGAUUGACCUCAAUCAAGAUGAGGCAAUGGUUGACCUUGAGUUGGAUAAUAUUGAGGACCUGGACCUGGACUUUGGAGAUGAGCAUAACCAUGGUGAAGCUGAGAACCAUGAUGAAGCUGAGAACCAUGAUGAAGCUGAUAAUCAUGGUGAAGCUGACAACCAUGGGGAAGAGGAUAACACCGGUGAAAAGGAGAACACUGGUGAUGAAAAUGACUUCACCGAGGGUGAAGGCAUGAGUUCUCCUAUCUCCGAGGAGAGUGUCCAACUCCAUGCUAAAGUGGCAACUCAGAAUAUCACCAUCCUGCAGCAGCAGGCGUCCAUUGAUGGACUCAAGAAGCAUACUCAGAACCUUGAGGCUGAUCUGCGCAUUGCCACGAAGGAGCCGGCAUCCGCUCCGCCCGCACAUACGCCGGUAGGCGCUACGACGGCUAUGCACCAGCCACCUCCAACCGAGACCUCGUCCUUUGGGUCUCUCUCGACGCCUCUGCCUGAGUUUAACCAUAGCAAGACGGAGGUGCAGCCUUGGCUUGACCUGGUGAAUGACACCAUGAUCCUUGCGAUUGUGCGUCCUGAGGCUCGCGUCACUGCAGCUACUCGUGCAUUGGACGAGGUGGCCCGCAGGGCAGUGUAUGGCGCUAAGAAGCAGGCGCAGGGACCGUUUGAAUGGCCAGAGUUCUGCACCGCGCUGAAAAAGGCAUUCAUGGUCAAGAAGUCCGGCCUGGAACUGCGCAGACGCCUUGAGAGUAUCAAGCGUCGUGACCGUUCGGUGCAGGAAUAUGCGGUCGAGUUUGAGGCCGCAGCACGCUUGCUCCAUAAGCCUUUGUCUGAGGAGGAGAUGAUGCACGUCUUUAUGAAAGGCCUCUCUGUCAAGCUGCAGCAGGCACACAUGACCGGUGGCAUGACCAAUUGGACGACCUACAAGGAGAUGAAGGAGCAGGUGGUCCUGCAAAGCCAGACCAGCAGCCCCGUGCUGAGAGCUCUGGUGGUCGUGGAAACCGACCCCAGAAUGCCAACGGCGGAGGCGGUUGGAACAAGCGACCCUUCCAUCAGCGUGAUCACCAGCCUGGACCACAGGCCAAGAGGGCUAACGGGGGGGAAGGUCAUGGCCCUAACAAGCCCGACUUCUCCAAGAUGA